AAGGGCCCAUUAUGCGCUCACACAGCGAGCCGUGACGCAAAAUUAAAUCGUGCUUGUUCUUGUUUGAGUGGUCACUUUAUAUCAAGGUGAUUGGAACCAGCCAGUAAAAGUUUAGUUUCAGUGAACCUUUAGAUUCGUUUACCUCUAUAUAUUUGACCAAAAUGACUCAGUUUCUGCCACCUAAUUUACUUGCAUUGUUCGCACCUCGAGAUGCAAUUCCAUAUAAAGCGCCAUUGCAACCGUUAACAUGGGAGAAAGAUCGUGAGCGAGCACCUUAUACUGGUUUGGGAAAUUUCUCCCAUUUAUUCGAAGAUCCAAAAGACACUCCACCACCAACCAGGGGAGAAACAAAAGAAGAAAAGAAAACACGAAAAAUAAAGGAGAAGUUGGAAAAGCGAGCUGAGGAGAUAGAAGAAGAAAUAAAGGGUUGGGAUCCGCACAAUGAUCCGAAUGCUGGUGGAGAUGCAUUCAAAACUUUAUUUGUAUCAAGAAUUAAUUACGACACAACAGAAAGCAAACUACGAAGGGAAUUCGAAACAUAUGGAAAGAUACGAAAGGUAACGAUAGUAAAGGAUGUUGCAACUGGGAAACCACGUGGUUAUGCGUUCGUUGAGUUUGAUCGGGAAAGAGACAUGCACACUGCUUAUAAAAGUGCGGAUGGAAAAAAAAUUGACGGCCGUCGAGUUCUUGUUGAUGUUGAGCGUGGACGAACAGUUAAAGGUUGGAGACCUCGAAGGUUUGGUGGAGGAUUAGGAUCGACGCGUGCAGGUCCUGAUGACUCUAAUCGUCGAUCAGAAAGAGAAAAGGAGCGUGAUAGUGGAAGAAGUCAUGAUGAUGAUAAAGUACGAAAAUCUGAAGAUCGACCUCGUGAAAGGGAUAGGGAAAGAGAAAAACGAAGAAAAUCAGGCGAUCGGGAAAGGUCGGAUAGGGAUAAAGAUCGAAACAGAGAUCGGGAUCGAGAUCGUGAUCGUGAAAAGCGCAGGCGUGAUGAUCGUGGUGAUAAAGAUCGUCGCGACCGUGAUAGAAAGCGGGAAUCUGAUCAUAAAUCUUCACGAAGCAAGAAUGAUGAAAGGGCAAGUGGUGCAGUAGAUGGUGGAGAUGGAGAAAAUGGAAAAAAAGAAGAGAGAAGUCGUGACAAAGAUCGGGAGUCCAGGCAUCGUCACAGGGAUCGAGAUAGGUCCGAUAAAGAUAAAGAAAGGCGUCAUCGAGAUCGAGACCGCGGAAAAGACAGAGAUAGUCGUUCAGAUGUAAAAGAAGACAAACGAGAUGAUAAGUCAAUGACUACAAUUAAAGAUGAAUAUGGUAGUAAUCCUGGAAUGAAACAAGAAUAUGACCAGACAAUAAAGCAAGAAUAUCAACAGAAUUAUGAAGAGCCAGGUAGACGUUAUGGUGGCGAAGGUGAUGCUUACAAUAACAUGGCUCAAGACAAUUCCUCCAACAAUGGUUACUACCCAGAAAAAGAUCGUAUGGAAUACCAACAAGCUAAUCCUGAGAACAAACAAUAUGACCGACAGGGUAAUUACGACUACAACCCAGAAGAAUACUAAACAAGUGAAACUGCUUAUACUUGAGGUGAACUUUGUACUCUAUCACUGCUUCCAUGAUGUCCAUAACAUCAAAAGAUGGCUUCAGCGUCAAUGAAACUAAAAUGCUCACCCAUUCUUAUAUUUUACGGUGUUGGUUCAAUUCACAUUUUUAGUUUGAAUUGGGGAGUUUUAACUGCUUAAUAUUGGAUCGCAAAUGAUGAUAUUUUAAUGUACAAUAAACAAAGCUGUUGGAAGCAA